GGGAUUAUACUGCAACCACGAUACUGAAGUAUGCUGCCAAAUUCCUAAUAGCCAGGUCGAUGUGGACUUAAACGAUGUGUUGCCGAAGUUAUCUAAGAAGACAGUGCAUCCUACUAGUAUCAAUGAUCUCAUAUCUUCCGAAAAGAAGCUUUCUGCAGGGUCGUCGAUCAGGAUUGGUGGAACGGAUGGCACAUCACCUAUGGCCAUUCAGGUUAACGCUGAUGAGAACCUGGACAGAAAAACUCAAUACACAAGCGGUUCUUCCAUCCAAACAUCGACGCUAAAACCAACGAGAGAAGUAAAUUCGAACGAAAAUUCGAUCUUCGCUAGACCGAUCGACUAUAGCAAUGUCCAUUUUGAUAGCAACGUACGAUUCGCAUCGACUAUUCAAGGGCCUGAGUACCUCCCUCCACUUGUUGGUACAACCCCAUCAAUCUCCACCUAUCAACCAUCCAUCCCAACAACGCCCAGGCCAGCUUGUCCACCAGGAACACAACUUACCCCGUCUGGAAGAUGUGAGUCUGCUCAACCGCAGGAAUGUCCGCCAGGCACCAUAAGAAAACCUGACGGCACAUGUGAAAAACCAGCAUGUCCGUAUGGCUAUGAGCAACAACCUGACGGAAGCUGUAAGAGGCUACAACCUCCAACAACGCCUCAACCUCAACCUACUGCGACACCAGCAUGUCCACCUGGAAGGUACCCGACUGGAGGUGGUAGGUGUUCCUCGCCAACAACGCCAAGCUGUCCUCCAGGAAGCCUGCGUCGACCUGAUGGCAGUUGUGGUCCACGGACGGGUCCUACACCAGCACCCUGCCCUCCAGGCACACAUCUGACGUCUUUAGGUGAAUGCACUCCUGAUACUCAACAACAGUUGGUUUGCCCGUUCGGUUCAGUGAGACAACCUGAUGGCACCUGUCAGACAUCUUUGUCUCCCAGACCUUGCCCGCACGGAACGUUCUUAACUGCUUCAGGAGCUUGUGAAGCAAGUUCAACACCUACGACACCUGCAUCUAGAUGUCCACCGGGAACAAUCCAACAACCUGACGGAAGUUGCCAAAAGCCUGUAACGCCCCUUCCAACUUGCCCACCUGGAACAUUUAGGGGACCUUCUGGGGAAUGCAGACAACAACCAACACCACUGCCAGGAUGCCCAAUCGGUUCCACCCGUCAACCUGACGGAAGCUGCCAGAGAACAUGUCCUCCAGGAUCAUUCCCAGGACCUAACGGGGAAUGCAGAGGACUUUCUACACCAUCACCAACACCUGGACCUUCUCCUUCGUGCCCUCCAGGCUCAUACCCGGGACCCAAUGGAGAAUGCAGAGGACCUGCUACACCAUCACCAACACCUGGACCUUCAAGACCUUUUCCUUCGUGCCCUCCAGGAUCUUACCCGGGACCCAAUGGGCAAUGCAGGGGACCUGCUACACCAUCACCAACACCUGGACCUUCAAGACCUUCUCCUUCGUGCCCUCCAGGCUCAUACCCGGGGCUCAAUGGAGAAUGCAGAGGACCUGCUACACCAUCACCGACACCUGGACCGUCAAGACCUUCUCCUUCGUGCCCUCCAGGCUCAUACCCGGGACCCAAUGGAGAAUGCAGGGGACCUUUCACACCAUCAACAACACCUGGAUGUCCAGUAGGAACCGUUCAACAACCCGAUGGCAGUUGUCAAAGACCUUCGAGCCCUAGACCUUCUUGUCCUCCAGGUUCAUAUCUAGGACCGAAUGGUGAAUGCAGAAGAGCUACAACACCAGCACCGAUACCCAGAUGUCCAGUCGGAACAGUUCAACAAUCUGACGGUAGCUGUCAAAGACCUCCACAGCCUUGUCCUCCAGGAACUUACCAAGCACCCAACGGAGAUUGCAAGAGACGAACUACUCCAGCACCUAUAUGUGCACCAGGAACUAUUCAACAACCUGAUGGAAGUUGUCAGAAGCCUUCAACUCCAGCCACAACUUGUCCUGCGGGAUCAUUCCCAGGGCCCAACGGAGAAUGCCGAAGACCAACUGUGUGCCCCGUUGGAACUACCCAGCAGCCCGAUGGAAGUUGCCAGAGACCCACAAGUCCUACAUCCUGUCCUCCUAACACUUACUUAGGCCCUUCUGGUUCCUGCGAAUCGGCUCAAACCGGCUCCACCACUACCACCGGUACACCUGCCUACGAGUAUCCAAGACCAUGUCCACCUGGUACCGUUAAAACUGCAUCCGGGGCCUGCGAAGCACCACCUUCCUCUCCAAGACCUGCAUGUCCACCGGGCACCCGCUCUACUCCUUUCGGCACUUGUGAACCAAUCUAUUCCGCCACAACUCCAAAACCGCCUCCAAGACCAUUCGAACGUCCAACAACACCCGAGCUGAAAAAGGAUUACCUUCCACCCAAACCCACCACGCAGUACGUACCUUCAAUCACCACCCAUAGACCUCAUGAAACAUCUACCACCACAGAACACCGAACUAGUUAUAUUUCAUCCACUCAGCAUCCACCAUUCAGCACGCCACGACCAUUCACAGCUACUACUAAGCCAUCUUGUAAACAAGGGCAAAUACUUUCGUCUAACGGGGUUUGCGUAUAUCCUCAAACACCAGCCAAUACACCUGUUGCACGUCCUGUGACAUGUCCUCCUGGCACUGUGUUAUCUCCAUUCACUAAUGGAUGUGUGAAGAGUCCUCAAGGGUUCACUACAGGCUAUGACUAUCAAAAACCUACUACGCCUUCUCAACCGUCGGUACCAACUACUUCGUGCCCCAAAGGUACUAAACUCAAUCCCUUCACAAAACAGUGCGAUAAAGCUCCAGAGGUUACAACUGGUUAUGACUAUCCAAGACCUACUCCUCCAUCUAAGCCUCAGUGUGGUCCUGGCGAAACAUUGUUACCAUCUGGCACUUGUAGACCUACAAAACCAUAUGGACCAUCGUCUACUCCUAGACCAUCUUGCAAACCUGGUCAAAUAAUUUCGUCAUCUGGAGAAUGCAUUUAUCCAGCAAUUUCUACAACGAAAAAACCUUUUGGAUUAACAACAGCUAAACCUUGUCCUGCUGGUCAAGUUCCUUCUUCUUCCGGAUUUGGCUGUGAAUAUCCACGCAAACCAGUAACGGCUUGCCCUCCUGGUACAAUGCUUUCUUCGAUCUCGAGUAAAUGCGAAACAGUUACUGGAGUAACACCAAGUUACGAAUACCCAAAGCCUUCCACACCUUUCCCGGAACCACCACGCCCGACAUUAUCACCUAGACCACAAUGUGCACCUGGCCAGUCGUUAUCACCUUCAGGACAAUGUGUCUACCCAUCUAGGCCGGGAUCCCCAACGACUGUACCAUCUACGCCUAAGCCUUGUCCAGCAGGUCAAAUCCCUUCACCCUCCGGAUAUGGCUGCGAAUAUCCUAAACCAUCGACGCCACCUAUUCCAUGUCCCCCAGGCACUCAGCUUAAUAGCUUCACAAAGCAAUGUGACAGAACUUCUAAAACGACUGGUUAUGAAUAUCCCAGACCUACUGCUCCAACCAAGCCUACAUGCGGGCCUGGAGAGACCUUGACACUAUCUGGGAACUGCAGCCCUACAAAGCCGUAUGGCCCAUCGUCUUCUGGUAGGCCAACUUGUAGACCUGGUCAAGUGAUUUCUUCAUCUGGACAGUGUGUAUACCCAAGCUCUACUCCUAAGCCCUUCGGUCCAACAACGGCUAAGCCAUGUCCGCCUGGCCAAGUUCCUUCUAAUUCAGGAUUUGGUUGUGAAUAUCCACGUACACCGAUUCCGUCUUGCCUUCCUGGUACAGCACUUUCGCCAUACACUAAAGAUUGCGUGCAAGCUCCUGGUACAUCUACUGGUUACGAUUAUCAAAGACCAACUACUGCUGAAAGACCACAACCAACGACGGCACCUGGAGCAGAGUGUGGUCCUGGACAAUCGUUGUCUCCAACGGGUCAAUGUAUUGCUGUAUCGACAUCAACACCUGGACCAACUCAGCCAUCUUGUGGUCCAGGUCAAGUACUUUCGGCCUCCGGUGCCUGUACCUACCAAACCGCACCAACAUCAAAGCCUACUUUCGGUCAACCUACACCAGUUCCAUCAUGUCCUCCAGGUUCAAGGUUCUCUUCUUUCUCCAAGAAAUGCGAGAAGAUUUCCGGAGAAACACCAGGAUACGAAUAUCCCAAACCAUCAACGCCCUUCACAGAUCAGCCACGUCCUACGAUCACUCCUAGACCCCAAUGUGCACCUGGUCAAUCGUUAUCCCCUUCGGGACAAUGUGUGUACGAACCUAGACCGCGACCUCCAACAACAGAACCGUCUACCCUCAAGCCCUGCCCGCCAGGUCAAGUACCUUCUACUUCAGGAUAUGGCUGCGAAUAUCCAAAAAAAACUCCACAGCCUUCAUGUCCUCCAGGCACUAAGUUCAACAGCUUCACAAAGCAAUGUGACAGAACUGCCGAAACAUCGACAGGUUAUGAGUAUCCCAGACCUACUGCUCCAUCAAAGCCUGCAUGCGGGCCUGGAGAGACUUUGACACCAUCUGGAAAAUGUAGCACCAUAAAACCUUAUGGGCCAUCUCCCAAUCCUAGACCGUCUUGUAGACCUGGUCAAGUGAUUUCUUCAUCUGGAGAAUGUGUAUACGCAACAAGCGCUACACUCAAACCCUUUGGGCCAACAACGGCUAAGCCAUGUCCACCUGGCCAAGUUCCUUCUAAGUCAGGAUUUGGUUGUGAAUACCCCCGCACAACGGUACCGUCGUGCCCUCCAGGUACAAAACUUUCAGCAUUCACAAAAGAAUGUAUACAAGCACCAGGUAAAUCUACAGGUUACGAAUAUCCAAUACCUACUGCUCCUACUACGUCACAAAAAUCAAAACCGACAGCAACUCCUGGAGCUCAGUGCGGUCCUGGACAAUCAUUGUCUCCAACGGGACAAUGUAUCGCUGUGUCGACAUCAACACCCAGACCAACUGGAGUAUCUUGUCGCCCAGGUCAAGUACUUUCAGCCUCCGGUGCUUGUAUAUACCAAACCACAUCAACGACAAGGCCUACUUCUCUUAGACCAUCCUGCCCACCAGGUCAAAUACCGUCCGUAUCUGGCAUUGGUUGCGAAUACCCGAAAGGGCCUACACCAUGUCCUCCAGGAUCAAGGCUGUCUUCUUUCUCAAACAAAUGCGAGAAGGUUUCUGAAGUAACACCAGGAUACGAAUAUCCAAAACCAUCAACACCGUUCACAGAACAGCCGCGUCCGACACUAUCCCCUAGACCUCAAUGUGCACCUGGUCAAUCAUUAUCCCCUUCGGGACAGUGUGUCUACCCAUCUAGACCGGAAACAACAGGACCGUCUACGCCUAAGCCCUGUCCACCGGGUCAAGUACCUUCAACUUCGGGUUAUGGCUGCGAAUAUCCAAAAACAACUCCACAAGCGUCAUGUCCACCAGGCACUAAGCUCAAUAGCUUCACAAAACAAUGCGACAGAACUUCCGAAACAUCGACAGGUUAUGAAUAUCCUAGACCUACUGCUCCAUCCAAGCUUGCAUGCGGCGCUGGAGAGACCUUAACACCAUCUGGGAAGUGUAUUCCCAUAAGACCAAUUGCUCCUCCGUCAACUCCUAGACCAUCUUGCAAGCCCGGGCAAGUGCUUUCUUCUUCUGGAGAAUGCGUUUAUCCAACCAGUUCUACACCCAGACCACCCUUUGGACCAACAACGGCAAAACCAUGUCCGCCUGGUCAAAUCCCCUCUACUUCCGGGUUUGGUUGUGAAUUCCCCCGAACACCGGUGCCAUCUUGCCCUCCAGGUACAAAACUUUCACCAUUCACUAAAGAAUGCGUACAAACACCAGGUAAAUCGACAGGUUACGAAUAUCCAAGACCUACUGCUCCUACUACGCCACAAAAAUCAAAACCAACAGCAGCUCCUGGGGCUCAGUGCGGUCCUGGACAAUCAUUGUCUCCAACGGGACAAUGUAUCGCUGUGUCGACAUCAACACCCAGACCAACUGGCGUAUCUUGUCGUCCAGGUCAAGUACUUUCAGCCUCCGGUGCUUGCAUAUACCAAACCGCAUCAACGUCAAGGCCUACUUACGGUCCGUCUUCUCCUAGGCCAUCCUGCCCACCAGGUCAAAUACCGUCCGUAUCUGGUAUUGGUUGCGAAUACCCGAAAGGGCCUACACCAUGUCCUCCAGGAUCAAGGCUAUCUUCUUUCUCAAACAAAUGCGAGAAGAUUUCUGAAGUAACGCCAGGAUACGAAUAUCCAAAACCUUCAACACCGUUCACAGAACAGCCGCGUCCGACAAUAUCCCCUAGACCCCAAUGUGCACCUGGUCAAUCAUUAUCCCCUUCGGGACAGUGUGUCUACCCUUCUAGACCGGGAUCUCCAACAACAGGACCGUCUACGCCUAAGCCCUGUCCACCGGGUCAAGUACCUUCAACUUCGGGUUACGGCUGCGAAUAUCCAAAAACAACUCCUCAAGCGUCAUGUCCACCAGGCACUAAGCUAAAUAGCUUCACAAAACAGUGCGACAGAACUGCCGAAACAUCGACAGGUUAUGAAUAUCCUAGGCCUACUGCUCCAUCCAAGCUUGCAUGCGGAGCUGGAGAGACCUUAACACCAUCUGGGCAGUGCAUUCCCAUAAGACCAAUUGCUCCUCCGUCAACUCCUAGACCAUCUUGCAAGCCCGGGCAAGUGCUUUCUUCUUCUGGAGAAUGCGUUUAUCCAACCAGUUCUACACCCAGACCACCCUUUGGACCAACAACGGCUAAACCAUGUCCGCCUGGUCAAAUCCCUCUACUUCCGGGUUUGGUUGUGAAUUCCCCCGAACACCGGUGCCAUCUUGCCCUCCAGGUACAAAACUUUCACCAUUCACUAAAGAAUGCGUACAAACACCAGGUAAAUCGACAGGUUACGAAUAUCCAAGACCUACUGCUCCUACUACGCCACAAAAAUCAAAACCAACAGCAGCUCCUGGGGCUCAGUGCGGUCCUGGACAAUCAUUGUCUAAAACGGGACAAUGUAUCGCUGUGUCGACAUCAACACCCAGACCAACUGGCGUAUCUUGUCGUCCAGGUCAAGUACUUUCAGCCUCCGGUGCUUGCAUAUACCAAACCGCAUCAACGUCAAGGCCUACUUACGGUCCGUCUUCUCCUAGACCAUCCUGCCCACCAGGUCAAAUACCGUCCGUAUCUGGUAUUGGUUGCGAAUACCCGAAAGGGCCUACACCAUGUCCUCCAGGAUCAAGGCUAUCUUCUUUCUCAAACAAAUGCGAGAAGAUUUCUGAAGUAACGCCAGGAUACGAAUAUCCAAAACCUUCAACACCGUUCACAGAACAGCCGCGUCCGACAAUAUCCCCUAGACCCCAAUGUGCACCUGGUCAAUCAUUAUCCCCUUCGGGACAGUGUGUCUACCCAUCUAGACCGGGAUCUCCAACAACAGGACCGUCUACGCCUAAGCCCUGUCCACCGGGUCAAGUACCUUCAACUUCGGGUUACGGCUGCGAAUAUCCAAAAACAACUCCUCAAGCGUCAUGUCCACCAGGCACUAAGCUAAAUAGCUUCACAAAACAGUGCGACAGAACUUCCGAAACAUCGACAGGUUAUGAAUAUCCUAGGCCUACUGCUCCAUCCAAGCUUGCAUGCGGAGCUGGAGAGACCUUAACACCAUCUGGGCAGUGCAUUCCCAUAAGACCAAUUGCUCCUCCGUCAACUCCUAGACCAUCUUGCAAGCCCGGGCAAGUGCUUUCUUCUUCUAGAGAAUGCGUUUAUCCAACCAGUUCUACACCCAGACCACCAUUUGGACCAACAACGACUAAAACAUGUCCGCCUGGUCAAGUUCCUUCUACUUCCGGGUUUGGUUGUGAAUACCCUAGAACACCGGUGCCCUCUUGCCCCCAGGUACAAAACUUUCACCAUUCACUAAAGAAUGUGUACAAGCACCAGGUAAAUCGACAGGUUACGAAUAUCCAAGACCUACUGCCCCUACUACGCCACAAAAAUCAAAACCAACAGCAGCUCCUGGGGCUCAGUGCGGUCCUGGACAAUCAUUGUCUCCAACGGGGCAAUGUAUCGCUGUGUCGACAUCAACACCCAGACCAACUGGAGUAUCUUGUCGCCCAGGUCAAGUACUUUCAGCCUCCGGUGCUUGUAUAUACCAAACCGCAUCAACGUCAAGGCCUACUUACGGUCCGUCUUCUCCUAGACCAUCCUGCCCACCAGGUCAAAUACCGUCCGUAUCUGGUAUUGGUUGCGAAUACCCGAAAGGGCCUACACCAUGUCCUCCAGGAUCAAGGCUAUCUUCUUUCUCAAACAAAUGCGAGAAGAUUUCUGAAGUAACGCCAGGAUACGAAUAUCCAAAACCUUCAACACCGUUCACAGAACAGCCGCGUCCGACAAUAUCCCCUAGACCCCAAUGUGCACCUGGUCAAUCAUUAUCCCCGUCGGGACAGUGUGUCUACCCAUCUAGACCGGGAUUUCCAACAACAGGACCGUCUACGCCUAAGCCCUGUCCACCGGGUCAAGUGCCUUCAACUUCAGGUUACGGCUGCGAAUAUCCAAAAACAACUCCACAAGCGUCAUGUCCACCAGGCACUAAGUUCAAUAGCUUCACAAAACAAUGCGACAGAACUUCCGAAACAUCGUCAGGUUAUGAAUAUCCUAGACCUACUGCUCCAUCCAAGCUUGCAUGCGGAGCUGGAGGGACCUUAACACCAUCUGGGAAGUGUAGUCCCAUAAGACCAACUGUCCCCCCGUCAACUCCUAGACCGUCUUGCAGACCCGGGCAAGUGAUUUCUUCUUCUGGAGAAUGCGUUUAUCCAACAAGUUCUACGCCCAGACCACCAUUUGGACCAACAACGACUAAAACAUGUCCUCCUGGUCAAGUUCCUUCUACUUCCGGGUUUGGUUGUGAAUACCCCAGAACACCGGUGCCAUCUUGCCCUCCAGGUACAAAACUUUCACUAUUCACUAAAGAAUGUGUACAAGCACCAGGUAAAUCGACAGGUUACGAAUAUCCAAGACCUACUGCUCCUACUGCGCCACAAAAAUCAAAACCAACAGCAGCUCCUGGAGCUCAGUGCGCUCCUGGACAAUCAUUGUCUGAAACGGGGCAAUGUAUCGCUGUGUCGACAUCACCACCUAGAUCUACUGGACCAUCUUGUGGUCCUGGCGAAAUACUAUCUGCCUCUGGUACCUGCAUAUACCAAACCCCAUCUACAUCAAGGCCUACCUUCGCCCCGUCCACCGCUAGACCAUCCUGCCCACAAGGUCAAAUACCAUCAGUUUCUGGUAGCGGUUGUGAAUAUCAGAAGGGACCUACAGCGGUCCCGUCGUGUCCUCCAGGUACGAGGCUUUCUCCUUUCUCAAAUAAAUGCGAGAAAGCUCCUGGAUAUGAAUAUCCAAAGCCAUCAACACCCUUUACAGAACAGCCACGUCCGACGAUAUCACCUAGGCCUCAAUGUGGACCUGGUCAGUCUGUAUCCCCUUCGGGACAAUGCAUUUUUCCUUAUAGUCCGGGAUCGCCAACGCUAGGACCAUCAACAACUAGACCCUGUCCACCAGGUCAAGUUCUAUCUGCUUCAGGAUAUGGCUGCGAAUAUUCUGAAACGAAAACUCCUCUUCCUUCAUGUCCCCCUGGUACUAAGCUUAACAGUUUCACAAGGCAAUGUGACAAAACGUCUGAGACAUCAACUGGUUAUGAAUAUUCGCGACCCACUACUCCAUCUAGGCCUCAAUGUGGGCCUGGUGAAACACUAACGCCAUCUGGAAACUGUAGCCCCAUAAAACCGAACGGCCCACCGUCCACUCCUAGAUCAUCUUGCAGACCUGGCCAAGUACUAUCCUCAUCUGGAGAAUGUACAUACCCAACUAAUUCAACACCAAGACCACCUUUCGGACCAACAGCAGCUAAACCUUGUCCUCCUGGCCAGACUCCUUCUUCUUCCGGAUUUGGUUGUGAAUAUCCACGCACACCAGUUCCAUCUUGCCCUCCUGGUACAACGCUUUCGCCAUUCACUAAAGAUUGCGUGCAAGCUCCCAGUAAGUCUACUGGUUACGAUUAUAAAAAACCAACUACUACUGAAAGACCAAAACAGACAGUAACACCUACAACUCAAUGUGGUCCUGGACAAUCAUUGUCUCCAACGGGUCAAUGUGUUACUGUAUCAGUAUCAACGCUUAGACCAACUGGAUCAUCUUGCGGGCCAGGUCAAGUGCUUUCACAAUCUGGUGCAUGCGUUUAUCAAACUGCAUCUACGUUCGCACCAUCCCCAUCUAGAACGACUUGCCCAUCAGGACAAGUGCCGUCUGCUUCAGGUAGAGGCUGUGAAUAUCCAAGAGUACCAACUCCAGUCCAAACAUGUCCUCCAGGAGAAAAGCUUUCUUCCUUCUCGAAUAAAUGUGAAAAGAUUCCAGGAAUAACUCCAAGUUCACAAUACCCAAAACCACAGUGCGGGCCCGGUGAAUCAUUAUCUCCAUCAGGGCAAUGCGUUACUCCAUCUGGGAGUAAAUAUACACCGCCCACACAACAUGGUUACCAAUACCCAAGACCAACUACACCUUUCCCUGAAAGACCUCGUCCGACACCUGGACGACAAUGUGGCUUAGGUCAAGUAUUAUCUUCUUCCGGACGUUGUGUUACUGCACCUGCUGUACCUUACAGACCUUCUCAACCAACGUCUACUAUAAGUCCAUCGUGUGCGCCUGGUCAAAUAGUAUCCGAAUCAGGAAUUUGCUCGUAUCCAACUAGGCCAUCAUUUAGUCCAUCCACUCCUGCAGUUUGUCCAGCUGGCCAAGUGCCUUCCAGUUCAGGAUUAGGAUGUGAAUAUCCACCGAGACCUACAACCUAUCGUCCAAGUGUUUCAACAGGUCAUGAUUAUCAAACAUCUUCUACUCCAUAUAGUUCUAAAUGUGCCCCUGGAGAAUCACUGUCGCCAUCUGGUGAAUGUAUUUCACAAUCCCGUGUGACACCAAAACCUUCCUGUGGUCCAGGACAAGUUCUAUCUUCAUCUGGUGCCUGCAUAUACGCAGUUGGUUCAACGUCUAGACCAACAGAGUACCAAAAACCAAUUACUCCAUUCCCAGAACGUGUUACACCAACAUACAAACCACAAUGCGCUCCUGGAGAAUCUUUGUCACCAUCGGGACAGUGCGUUACCCCUUCAGAACAUAUCUGUGGUCGAGGUCAAGUAUUGACUCCAUCUGGCGAAUGCGUUUCACGUGGAAGUAGACCAUCAUACGGGCCUACUACGCAAAAACCCUGCCCACCGGGACAGGUACCUUCUAAAUCAGGCACUGGCUGUGACUAUCGAAGCAAAACGGUUUCCUCAACAGUGAGAACAACUGAUUAUGAAUAUAAAAAACCAACUACGGCUUUGCCAUCUAGACCUCCAUGUGCUCCAGGAGAAUCAUUGUCGCCAUCCGGACAAUGUGUCACUCCAUCCCGUGAGGCUGCAAGACCACCAUACAGACCAUCUACACCAACAGUCUGCCCUCCAGGUCAAGUACAUUCUGCGUCUGGUUCCGGUUGUGAAUAUCCUGGACGUCCAGGGUAUCCGACAUCAGAACCAUCUACGGCUAAGCCUUGCCCUCCAGGUCAAAUACCGUCUACUUCGGGGGUCGGUUGUGAAUAUCCAAAACCACCGACACCUACUACUUACCGUCCUAGCAUUUCAACUGGUUACGGCUAUAAAAGACCAACAGCACCUUUCCCAGAACGCCAUCGUCCGUCAUCUAUGCCAGUUUGCGCUCCUGGAGAAUCCUUAUCUCCAUCAGGACAAUGUGUAACUCCAACAGGAGCUACUUCGAGACCUACUUGUGGCCCAGGACAAGUUUUGACUCCAUCUGGUGAUUGUGUGUCACGUCAGACUACAUCUAGACCGACAUACGGGCCAUCUACACGGAAACCUUGUCCACCAGGUCAAGUUCCAUCUACAUCUGGGUUAGGUUGUGAAUAUCUGAGUGGUCCUUCAACAGCUAGACCAUCAUUUCGACCAGGCGCAACAAAACCUUCUACAUAUCGACCUGUUCCCACAACACCUUUCCCUGAGCGGCAACAACCAACAGCAACGUCGAGACCUCAAUGCAAUCCUGGAGAGUCCCUUUCUCCGUCAGGUCAAUGUGUCACACCAUCUGGUGUCAUAACACGACCAAAAUGUGGACCAGGCCAAGUGCUUUCAGCAUCAGGUGUUUGUGUACCUCAAAGGGGUUCGACAUUUGGACCUACUACGCCUAAACCAUGUCCCCUGGGGAAGGUACCUUCUGCUUCAGGUCUUGGUUGUGAAUACCCAAGAGGUCCGGCUACUCCCACAUCGACAAGUUCUCCUAUAUAUUGUCCACCAGGUCAAGUGCCAUCAGUUACAGGCUCUGGAUGUGAAUAUCCAAGAGACCAAACAACAUUUACUCCUAAGCCAUCACCUGGAAUAACUCCUAAGCAAUGUCCACAAGGCCAAGUGCUAACUCCUUCAGGCUGUGAGCGUUCUGGAAUUCCUGGACCUACGACUUACCGCCCAGGGAUUUCAACCGGUUACAAAUAUCCUAGACCAACUCAACCAUUCCAAGAACCAGUCAAACCUACUCCUCCGACUCGCUGUGGUCCAGGUCAAACCCUAUCCGCUUCAGGUAUUUGCGUUUAUCCUUCUGGCACUCCAGCAUGCGCACCUGGUCAAACACGGUCUCCUUCUGGUGAAUGUGUAGACAAAGCCAUCACUACCUACAAACCCUCCUUCGGUACUUCUACUGUCAAGCCCUCUUGUCCACCGGGUCAAGUUUCCUCUAUUACAGGUGUAGGUUGUGAAUACCCCAUAGGGCCCACAACUUGUAAGCCUGGCCAAGUACUAUCUCCUUCUGGUGAAUGUGUAGACAAAACCAUUACUACUUACAAACCAUCUUACAGCACUUCUGCUACUAAGCCCUCUUGCCCGCCUGGCCAAGUUCCCUCUGCCUCAGGCUUAGGUUGUGAAUACCCUAGAGGUCCCACAUCUUGUAAGCCUGGUCAAAACCUUGCUCCUUCAGGUGAAUGUAUAGACCGACCUGUUUCUACUUACAAACCUUCAUCUGGUCCUUCUACUACUAGGCCUUUAGCAGCUUGCAAACCUGGCCAAAUACUUUCUCUUUCAGGUAUAUGCAUAGACCAAACCAUUUCUACAUAUAAACCUUCAUUUGGACCCACUUGCCCACCUGGUCAAGUACCCUCAGCUUCAGGUUUAGGUUGUGAAUACCCGCAAGGUCCUAGCCAAAGGCCUUCACCAUGCCCUCCUGGUCAAAUACUAUCUAGUUCGGGGUCCUGUAUACCCGCCUCCCAAAAGCCCUGUCCUCCAGGUCAAACUCGAUCCAGUUCUGGAAUCUGCGUCCAAACUACACUUCAUCCACACACUGUUAACCAUUUCACCACUACUAGCCCCAAAGUCAGACCAACAGGUGGAUACAGCUACCCAACUCCAACGCCGCCAUUUGGAUACCCUUCGUCCACGCCACUCGACACUAGUCAAAAUAAGAUCAACAAUCAGUACGCCAGUACAACGCAUGUGCCUAGGUACAGGCCACAAAGGCCGGGAGAAGGUCCUUCCGAAAAUCCAGACAACACCGUUGAUUCGGCGAACGCCAACAGUUUUUUCGUUCCCACAACCAGACAUCCAGUGACUGGAACCCAACCGUCUUACAACAGGCAACCAACAUUCACCGGAGGUCAACAGCCUAUUGAAGAAGCAUCUCCUCCUGUGGGUUGUGCCGCAGCAUUGCAGUGCGUCCAAGAGAUAUACUGUACCGCUGAUGGGUUCGUUUCGCCUGUUCCUGUGGUGCUCACCAAGGAGCAAGAGCUGCUUAGAGUUCCUACCACGACUUGCAAAGACAUCGAAACGGGCAUUAUCGGCAAAUGCUGCAGAGAUCCGAACUACAAGGACCCUUGGCCGUCGGCGAACUUGGUCAACGGCGUGGAUGACGGUCAAUACAAAGAAGACAACUUCUACGGACAAAGAGAGUUGGUCAGCAACAACAGACUGACUCGUGCCUCAAACUUGACUGGGGGCCCAGGUGUUCCACCUGCACUGAGGAGGUCUAGGAUAGAAGAGGCAAGGAGCAGUGGCGCCAAGUGCGGACAUAGGAAUUUGGAUACAAGUCCAAAAGGAGAGUCACCCCUAGAUGCUAACUUCGCUGAAUACCCAUGGCAAGCCAUGAUUCUGCGUGAUUCAAACAGAAGCUUGCUAUGUGGAGGUGUCAUCAUCAGGGACAAUGCUAUCCUGACAUCGGCACAUUGUGUGGAAGGAUUGGAUACCAACGACGUUCUAGCAAAAGGUGGCGAAUGGAAACUUGGAAUCGACGAAGAACCUUUACCUUUCCAAAUCGUCAAAGUUGGAGCUAUCAUACGACACCCCGAGUACAAGCCUGGCUCUUAUCACAACGACGUCGCAAUUUUGGUCUUGAGAGAAAAACUGCGAUUCACCACGAAUAUAGGGCCUUUGUGUCUGUCGCAGACCACGGAAAUAUCGCCUAAUAGCAAGUGUAAAUUGACAGGAUGGGGAAAGAGGAUUUUGCAAUUGCACGCGAGAGGAGCCAUCAUGCACCACAUCGACGUAAACGUUAUGGACAGUCAAAAGUGCCAGGAGCAACUCUCAGAUACAUUCAAGGAAUCUCUACCAAACUACUCGCCAAACAUGAUCUGUGGACAAUCGAAUAUAGACCAGUGCAAGGUGGACUAUGGAAGCGCUUUAGCCUGUGAGAACGACCAAGGUCACUACGAAUUCGCAGGAAUCUACACUUGGGACACGGGCUGUAAGCAAGAAGGACAAAUCGCUGGUUUUGUCAGACCUGACACUGACUGGAUCCAGACAACUCUCAGGAAACCAAUUAAGGAAUUGAAAAGGAUAGAAAGAGAAUACUUACGAAGUCAUUGAGAUUAAUUUUGUAUAGAUCUAGCAUAAAAGGGAAGUCUUUAGGCAACAGUAAUAGUAAUAUUUAUACCUUUGUCAGCAACAGUAACAUGUCAUCAAUUUGCUAUUACUAUUAUUAACUCUGUUUUUAUUCAAACAGUAUUUUGUUUGACAUAGAAGUCAAAAUUUUAGAGUUAGUAUCUAAUAGAAUUUUUAACUACAUCGUAAACUACUUAGUUCUUGCAAAUAAUUUAAAGGCGUUAAAUAACAUAUUUAUCAACAAUACGCUUAUAAAGUUAAGUGUAUUUUAUGAGAGGUUUUGAGAAAAGAUUACAGGAACUUCAUAGAUAUUUUUGUUGAGAUCGGCAUUUUAAUCAAUAUGUUGGAAUUAAAUCACAUUGUCAUCAUUUUUUGCAAAUACAAUUUGCUUUAACAUUUCUACAGGAUGAUUGAUUCUCUUUUUGGAAAAUCCAGGCAAUAUAGUGACCAUAACUUUAUAACCACAAGAUUCUGCAAAGAUGUCGUUUAAUCAAUGAGAUUUACAGCAGUAAUUUUAUUGUCUUCGAUAUCUCAACUUAGAGAAAAGAGUCAAAUAAUAUAAAAUAAGACCAGCAUCACAAUGGUGACAUUGUGAAUCCUCAAAAUGUGAUUAUACAGGGUGAUUCACAAGUCGUGACCAAAAAUGAAACAUCAUACACAGGACCGCAUUUUGAGGGGGGACUUCUAUGUAACAUUUUUCCACGAGGCCUUCAUUGAAAAGGUACGGGGCGUUGAAGUUUAAGAAUAAUUUUUUUUUAUAUCUUCAAAACCGUCAACUGGAAUGAACUAAAAUUUGGUAUGUGGAUUUACCUAAGUGUUGUCCACAUUUAAAGGUCUUUACCUGAAAUUAACAUGCAUCAGUAGCGGAUAUACGGAGGAUUAGCGGCAUUAUUUCCAAACAAAAAUAGUACGCCACUGCUUUUUUUUACGAAAACAGUGCGCUCUAGGAAUAGACACAAUAGUAAUCAUUUGUAGCAUAUUCAAGGAAAAAUUCGAAAAAUUGCGCGUUUCGAAAUAAAAACAGUGGCGUACGAUUUUUAUACUAAAAUGCGGUCCUGUGUAUGAUGUUUCAUUUUUGGUCGCGACUUGUGUAUCACCCUGUAUAAAAUAAAGGCUCCUUAAUCAUGAUAUUUAUACGACUAAACGCAACUUUAGAUUAUUUGUAAAGAUAUUACUGAUGUUUUUAUGCCAUACAGAUAAGUAGGUGCAUUAAGGCACAAGGUACGUAGACAUGUACUUUUAAGAAAUAUUUUUGGUGUCAUAACAUUAGAGAUAGUUUUGGCUAUUGAAAAUACAGCAGACGUAAAUAUUAUCUGACAUUUUGAUCCAUGUGUAACAAAUGUCAAAUAAGGGUAACGUUUACGUAUGCGGUAUUGGUGACUGCUAAAACACUAUUUUUAGGCAAAAUGGAGUACUGCACUCUUGCUAGCUCGACGUAAGUGCAAAUGUGUUAAUUUUAAUUUUAUGUGAUACAGUUAGUAACGUCAGGUUUAUUUAUUGAAGUGUAUUCAUGUGCCAGUAGUCCGCAUUCAUGUUACCUAUUUAAUUAUAAAAGUUCUCGUGUAAAUUAUUACUGUGUAAAUAACAAUUUAAUAUUAUUUUCAUACUUUUGAUGUAUAAAGCUGUAGACGGUAAUAUUCUGUGGUAAUGUUAUGUGGAAUCAAAAUUUAUAAUAAAUAUAUAAAAGUA